CGUGCAUUGAUUCAAGCAGGCAAGUGUAUAGUGUUGACAAAGGGAGGGUGGGAGGGAAGAAACUGAAGCAAAAUUCAUAAUGGACGGGAAACAAGAAGAAGACAGUUGCAGUAUUUAUCCAGUGGUUCUGCCCACCACGGAACAGAUUAAGGCUCGGCUGCUGGACUUUUUGGAGGACCAGAUGCACACCAGUAUGUGGACUGGUGUGCUGAUUGGACUGGCAGCUGCUUUCUCACUCAGUGUUAUCAUAUUUUUGCUGUACAGAAGCUACAAAGCAAAGCAGCAAACUGAAGCCCCCAGGUAUCGCUUCAGGAAAAGGGAUAAAGUGUUGUUUUACGGGCGAAAAAUCAUGAGAAAGGUGCAGACGUUAUCCUCUCCAGCCAAUUCAGGUCCAGUGUCUCAAAAACGAACCAGAAAGAGACCCAAAGUUCUUUCAAUUGCACGCAAAAUAUUGCGUAUUCGGCGGGAGCCGCCCACUCUUGAGCCCAAAGAGCCGCCUCCGUCAGUUCUGGAGGCAGAUCUGACCGAGUAUGACGUUCAAAAUUCUCACCUGCCUUCUGAGGUCCUGUACAUGUUGAAGAACGUCAGGGUUCUGGGUCACUUUGAGAAGCCGCUGUUCCUGGAGCUGUGCCGUCACAUGGUGUUCGUGGAGCUGCAGCAGGGAGAGGGACUUUUCCGGCCUGGAGACACAGACGACAGCAUCUUUGUGGUGCAGAACGGCCGACUGGAUCUCUGCGUUAAUCAGAAUGACGGCACAGAGCUGGUGGUAAAGCAUGUUUUGCCUGGAGACAGUGUUCACAGUCUGCUUAGUAUCCUGGAUGUCAUCACUGGAUAUCCAGCCCCCUAUAAGACAGUAUCAGCUCGCGCUGCAGCUCCAUCCACCGUGCUCCGUCUCCCUGCUGCAGCCUUUCAGUCCGUGUUUGAGAAAUAUCCUGAAACUCUGGUCCGAGUCGUUCAGAUCAUGAUGGUCCGUCUGCAGAGAGUGACCUUCCUCGCCCUGCACAACUAUCUGGGGCUGACCACCGAGCUGUUUAACCCGGAGAGUCAGGCCAUUCCUCUGGAGAACGUGGCCAAGAUACUGGGUGACGGAAGCCCAGGCCGAAGCCAUCGCAGACUCUCAUACAGCGGAGAGGAAGCUAUAGCUGAGAAACUUGCUCACGGAAGCACAGAGAAGAAAAUCGAAGCAGGUGAGCUGAAGCCCAGACCGAUGCAGAGUCCCUCAGCGGUCUUCAGGAAAUCCCGUUCCAUGUCCACGCCGUUAGAAAGCUCACUUUCAGCAGGAGGCAGUGAUCUCAACACUGCCUUUGAGGAAGGGACUCUUCAGAAAACUGAACUUCCUGUCAUGCAUAAGUCAAUUCUGAAGAAGACCGUGACCAUGCAGCCUGCUCCAUCUGCCGUGUACCACUACUCUGACACUGGGGGGCACUCCGGCAACGUCCACCACAACAAAGUCAACGCCAUCUUUCAGGCUGCCAAGAAGGACCUGCUCAAGAUCAUUCAGCUCCAGGACCCAAGUCUUCUGGAAGGCAGAGUUACUCUGAGACAAGUGAAGGCUGGAAGUGUGGUAGCAAACCAAGGAGACCAGGACGUGAGCAUGCAGUUUGUGAUCUCUGGCAUGCUGCAUGUAUACCAGCGGAUGAUCGACAGAGACGAGGACUUGUGUCUGUUUGUGACUCACCCGGGUGAGCUGGUGGGUCACCUGGCCGUGCUGACUGGGGAGCCGCUCAUCUUCAGCGUGCGUGCUCACCGUGACUGCAGCUUCCUAUCCAUCUCCAAAACACACUUUUAUGAGAUGAUGCGUGAGGAGCCACAGGUGGUGUUGAACGUGGCUCACACAGUGGUGCGCAGACUCUCGUCCUUCGUCAGACAGAUUGAUUUUGCACUCGACUGGAUGGCAGUGGAAGCCGGAAGGGCUGUCUAUAGGCAGGGUGAAAAGUCAGACAGCACCUUCAUCGUGCUGAGCGGCCGUCUGCGCUCCGUCAUCAUGAGGGAGGACAAGAAGAAAGAGCUGGCUGGAGAGUACGGGAGAGGCGACCUCAUCGGCGUGGUGGAAGCUCUGACCCACAUGAACCGAGCCACCACUGUUCACGCUGUGAGAGACUCCGAGCUGGCCAAGCUGCCUGAAGGAGCUCUGAUCUACAUUAAAAGAAAAUACCCUCAGGUUGUGACUAGACUGAUUCAUCUGCUCGGUCAGAAGAUCCUGGGAAACAUGCAACAAGUCAGUGGACCGUUAUCAGCUCAUGGUCGGGGUCUGAACUCUUCUGGCAGUAAGUGGGACACGGGUAAUCCCGUCUCCAACCUGUGCACCGUGUCCAUCCUGCCUGUUUCUGAUGAUGUGCCCAUGACGUCCUUUGCUCUGGAGCUGCAGCACGCUCUCAGCGCUAUUGGCCCCACUUUACUCCUGACCAGUGACAUCAUCAAACAGCGCCUGGGUGCCGCAGCACUUGACAGCGUUCAUGAGUAUCGGCUGUCCAGUUGGCUGGGCCAGCAGGAGGACAUCCACAGGAUUGUUUUGUACCAGUCAGACAGCACGCUGACGCCGUGGACGCAGCGCUGUAUCCGCCAGGCCGACUGUGUUCUCAUUGUGGGUUUGGGAGAGCAGGAGCCCACUGUGGGAAAGCUGGAGCAGAUGUUGGAAGGCAGCGCGGUUCGGGCUCAGAAGCAGCUGGUGCUCCUGCAUCGGGAGGACGGACCUCCACCUAAAGGAACAGCCGAGUGGCUCAACAUGCGCAGCUGGAUCUCCAGACACCUGCACCUGUCGUGCCCUCGCAGGGUUUUCAGCCGCAGGAGCCUGCCCAAGCUGAGAGAGAUGUAUCAGCGUGUAUUUGAGAAGCCCCCAGACCGCCACUCUGAUUUCUCUCGCCUGGCUCGAUUGCUGACAGGCAACGCCAUAGCCCUGGUGCUGGGGGGAGGAGGUGCUAGAGGCUGUUCUCAGGUGGGCAUCAUUCGAGCUCUGUGUGAAGCAGGGAUCCCCAUUGAUCUGGUGGGUGGCACUUCUGUCGGCUCCCUGAUGGGGGCUGUGUUUGCCGAGGAGAGAAGCUACAGCCGAAUGAGAGUCCGAGCACGCGAAUGGGCCAUCGAGUUUGGGUCAAUGUUUAAGAAGAUCCUGGACCUGACAUAUCCAGUGACCUCCAUGUUUACCGGGGCGUCCUUUAACUCCAGCAUCAGUGCACUGUUUAAGAACAAACAAAUUGAGGACCUCUGGAUUCCGUACUUUAACAUCACUACAGAUAUCACCGCUUCUGCCAUGAGAGUGCACACUGACGGCUCUCUGUGGAGGUAUGUGCGUGCUAGCAUGUCUCUCUCGGGCUACUUGCCUCCACUCUGUGACCCGAAAGAUGGCCAUUUACUCAUGGAUGGUGGCUACAUCAAUAACCUGCCUGCUGACGUAGCUCGCUCCAUGGGUGCCAAAGUGGUGAUUGCGAUUGACGUGGGCAGCCAAGACGAGACCAACCUAACCAACUACGGAGACUCUCUAUCUGGGUGGUGGCUGCUAUGGAAACGCUUGAACCCUCUAGCAGAGAAAGUGAAGGUGCUGAACAUGGCAGAGAUCCAGACGCGGCUGGCCUACGUGUGCUGUGUGCGUCAGCUGGAAUUGGUAAAAGACAGCGACUACUGCGAGUACAUCCGGCCUGCUAUUGACCGCUACGGCACUCUGGAGUUUGGCAAGUUCGACGAGAUCGCUGACGUGGGCUAUCAGCACGGGAAGACGGUGUUUGACGUGUGGUGCCGCAGUGGUGUGGUGGAGAAAAUGCUGAAGGAUCGACAUCAGGAGGAGUUCCACAAGAGCAAGAGCACCAAUGUGGUGACCUGUCCUAAUGCCUCGUUCACUGACCUGGCUGAGAUCGUGUCCCGGAUAGAGCCGGUGAAGCAGACCAAUGUGGAUGAGGAAUCGGAGUAUCACACAGACUACGAUGAGGACAUGGUGCUGUCCGAAUUCGACCUGUCCAACGCCAGCAGUGAGCACGAGCACACGGAAGACGAGGACGAGAAUACAGACGAGACGGCCGACACCGCCGAUACAGAUGAGGAAAUCAAGACGGUGAGAAGACAAAGACGGCACGGGCGUGCCAAUCACACGAGCCAUGACGCGCAUUGAGGAAAGACUGAGGAUACUAGGGGUGUAACGGGCAGAUGAAUUGGAUCGACGCAUUGAUUUAAAAGGCAACGAUUGAAAUGAAUCGAAACCCUAAUUAUACAGCGUGUCCCAAAAGUCUCCAUACAAAGGGGAAAUGAAAUGUUAUUUUUAGCAAAAUGUCUUCCAAAAUGUUUCAUAAUUUAGUUUAUAUUAUAUAUAAUUUUUUUUUCCAGAUAGCCUUUAAGAA